GCCAUUCACAAAGGCUGGGCUGGAGGGGAGCAGAAAGCCCCUAGCACUGCUGCAGGGCCAGGCUAGCUGGGAUCCCCUGGGACAGGCCAGAUGGCUGCCAAGACACUUUCUUCUCCUGGCAGGCGCCCCGAAGCCUCGUUCCUCUGGUUCACGGCCCCCCUCAAGAGCCUGCGCUACAUCAUCUGGCAGCCAAACAGGUGCCGGAUCAUCCUGGCCGUGCUGCUGUUUCUGCUGCUGCUCCUGGUUGCAGCUUUUAUCUACGCCUCCCCGCGCUACUUGGCCAUGAAGCUGAUAAACCCCUUCCGCAGCCUGCAUUCCUUUGGGAGCCUGAACCCCCUGGCAGGGAGCAACCAGGGCCAGUAGCCGUGGGGAGAACAACGUGCUACAGGCC